AGGACUACCUGGCCCAGGACGUGAGCGAUCGACUGACGCGGCGGGACUCGGCCCCGUUGUCGCCGGCGAAACCCGGAACCGAGGAGCACAUGUUCCGCUUCAGCCCGGAAAACAAACCCGGGGCAGACUGGGACCAGAGCCCGAGCCAGCUUUCCCCCCGUUUCCUCACCCGUCAGCACGAGCACAAGCAGAGCUUCCUCAAGCACCAAUUCGAGGCCCUCUUCCAGCCCACGGACAACAAGCUGGCCAUGAAGCUUUUCGGCAGCAGGAAGGCCUUGAUGAAGGAGCGGAUGCGUCAGAAGGCCACCGGCCACUGGAUCAUCCAUCCUUGCUCCAACUUCAGAUUUUACUGGGACCUUUGCAUGCUGCUUCUGCUCGUCGCAAACAUGAUCAUUCUGCCCGUUGCCAUUUCCUUCUUCAAUGAGGAGCUCUCCACUCGAUGGAUCGCUUUCAAUUGUCUCUCAGAUACAAUUUUUCUCAUCGACAUCGUCGUAAACUUCAGAACAGGCGUUUUGCAGGAGGACUACGGCGAGCAAGUCAUCCUUGACCCUUGCAAGAUUGCGAGGCACUACUUCCAUACUUGGUUCUUCCUGGACCUGAUAUCAUCCAUCCCCUUGGACUACAUAUUUUUAAUCUUCAACCAGGACUCGAACGAGAACUUCCAGCUGCUGCACGCUGGUCGAGCGCUGCGCAUCCUGCGCCUUGCCAAGCUUCUUUCCUUGGUUAGAUUGCUGCGGCUUUCACGGCUCGUCCGGUAUGUCAGCCAGUGGGAGGAAGUGUAUUUCCUCAACAUGGCGAGCGUGUUCAUGCGGAUUUUCAACCUCAUCAGCAUGAUGAUCCUCAUCGGACACUGGUCCGGCUGCCUCCAGUUCCUCGUCCCGAUGCUGCAAGGCUUUCCAUCCAACUCCUGGGUAGCAAUCAAUGAGCUCCAGUCCAAGGUGUGGAUCGAGCAAUACUCUUGGAGCCUUUUCAAAGCCAUGUCGCACAUGCUGUGCAUCGGCUAUGGCCGAUUCCCCCCUCAGAGCCUGACAGACAUGUGGCUCACCAUGCUCAGUAUGAUUUGUGGAGCGACUUGCUACGCAUUAUUCCUGGGACAUGCCACAAACCUCAUCCAGAGCCUGGAUUCGUCUCGUCGGCAAUAUAGAGAAAAGUUCAAGCAAGUCGAGGAGUACAUGGCUUAUCGGAAAUUGCCGCGGGACUUGCGUCGACGGAUUAUCGAGUACUUCGAGCACCGCUAUCAGGGGAAAUUCUUCAACGAAGAGGACAUUCUCGGCGAGCUGAAUGAAAAACUCAAAGAGGACGUCAUCAACUUCAACUGCAGGUCCUUAGUGGCAGCAGUGCCGUUCUUCUCAAACGCAGAGCCUCAGUUCGUCACUGACGUAGUGACGAAACUGGAAUACGAAGUCUUCCAGCCGGGUGAUAUCAUCAUCAAAGAAGGCACGAUAGGAACGAAGAUGUAUUUCAUCCAAGAAGGAAUCGUGGACAUAGUGACGGCGAGCGGGGAGAUCGCGACGAGCCUAGGCGACGGGUCUUAUUUUGGGGAGAUUUGCUUGCUCAGCAACGCCCGGCGGGUCGCGAGUGUGCGAGCAGAGACGUACUGCAACCUCUUCUCGCUGUCGAAGGGACACUUCAACGCCGUGCUCCAGAUGUACCCCAUCAUGCGUCAAACGCUUGAAACGGUCGCUGCCGAGCGACUGCACAAGAUUGGGAAGAACCCGAGCAUCGUAUCAACACGGGAUGACCUGAUGGAUGAGCGGGAACACGGAGCGAGUUGCUUCCACCUCGCGUCCAUGGCCAACUCGGAUGGCGAAAACGCCUGCAUGCCGUUUUGCACCAGUAGCCGAAGUCACUUGGACCUGCAUGGCUGCGGGUCCAGAACCCACAAGCCAGCCGACUUCCACUUAGGUCAAGAGAUGGAGCACCUUACGCUCUUCUCGGACUCGGGCAGUCUCCGACGCCUCAAGUCGGAGAAUUCUCUCGCCUUCCAAAACCGCGAUGCUGCUGGUCAAGGACAGAAGCGUCGACUGCACCAGUCCACGGUGCUGAACAACCCAGCUGCUUGCGAAGAGACACCGAGUGACACCUGAUGACGAACAAAUGGUCUACUUUUUCGAUCACCUCUGUGGACAACGUAUAGAGUCCCAAGCAGGUCCAACGCAGCCGUAUUUGGACUCCCGUCGGGGCGGACACCACAGCAACGUGAUAGGAUCGCAUUGCUCCUUUUAUCAGCACUUCGCUGCAGUGUCCAUAGAUUCUUGAGUCUUCUCUUUAAUUGACAAAUAUUGCAAGUUAUAAGAUGAGCAGGUUGUGAAGAGCGCCGCCUAUGACGCUCUGUGAACCGGUUACCAAUUAGUGCCAGUGGUACUGAAAUAGAUCCAUUGAUUGAUCUAAUAAAUCGGGC